UUAUGAAAUUAAAUUUUAUGUUUCUAAUAUUUAUUUUUAUUUUUUUGUUUAUGUCAUAUCCAACAAAAGCACAUUUUUAUGUUCCUUGGUAUUUAUCUGGUAAUGUUGAAAAUAGAUUGACAUUUCUUGAACGACAAACAAAUCAAAAAAUAAAUAUGCUUAUAGCUAGAAUUGAAACUUUGGAAAGGGAGGUAAUUGAAAUAAACAAAUAUUUUUAAAAUUAAUGUUAGGAGAAGAGGGGUUGUUAGCAGGAUGGCCAUUUUACCACCUUUGGGAGCAUUUGCCCCUCUUUGACCCUCUCGC